UCGCAGAUUUAAAAAAGUGAGGCAGGAGGCGUGAGCGGCAGGAAGCUCAGCGGAAAAUCACCAGAGGCUCCGGGAACACUUUUUCUUAUCUUCACUUAAAGAGACGUCAGUUCCGCAGCGCUUUAUUUUUGUUUACCUCUGAGCGCCGCGAGGAGAGACAAGUGCAGAAAAUUCCAGUCUCAUCCUGUUCGGAACGUGUGAGUCAGCGCGUGCGGCGAUGGAGCUCUCAUCUAUCGGGGACCAAGUGUUUGCGGUGGAGUCGAUAACAAAAAAGAGAGUCAGGAAGGGUCAUGUGGAGUAUCUCCUAAAGUGGCAGGGAUGGCCUCCAGAGUACAGUACUUGGGAACCAGAGGACAACAUUUUGGACCCUCUCCUGGUCCUGGCGUACGAAGAGAACCAGGAGAAGAUCAGGUCUUUGGCGUAUCGCAAGAAAGGUCUCAGGCCCAGGAAGCUCGUCCUGCGGAACAUCUUCGCCAUGGACCUCCGCAGUGCCGACAAGGACGCAGAGAAGCCCCCUCCUCGCCUGCGCCUCUCCCUCACCAGAUCCAUGAGUACGGACGUGGAGCAGGCCAUCCGCCGCCCCAACAGGAAGAGGAACAGGUGGAGGUUGACCAAAGCUGGACUGAAGCGCUCUUCCAACAAACCUAUCCAUCAUCUUCAGCAGCAGCAGGAGCAGGUGCAGCAGGAGCAGGUGCAGCAGCAGCAGGAGGAGGAGAAUGAAGUGGACUCUGUAAAGAAGGACUGGGGGACCACCAGCGAGGAGGACAAGCCGGAGUGUGAAAGUGCCGUAGAGGAGAGAUGCGAGGACAGUUGUUACGGUCAUUCUGAGUGCAGCUCGCCCCCCUUCCUGGAGCGACAGGACCUGGACGUGGAGGAGAAGGUGGACCAACAGACCGAAACGUGGACCGACAGAACGGACGGAGGGGCGUCUGAAACCAGUGAGGUCAGACCGGGCGACGGGUCGGAGAAAAAGGCGGGCUGGGCCAGCGACCCCCGCGAGAGGAACAACACAACGUCUGUCAUCAUGAGGGUCCAGGGGAGCACCGUCUGCCCCAACACCGAGCCACUGAAGGAGGUGACAUCGGGCCUCCCGAUCGUUCCCGCCGAAUCAGAUGGUCCCAGGAAAGUGAUUGUGACGAACGUGACCGUGAACUCCCUGACGGUGACGUUUACAGAAGCCAAAGAGGCCGAGGGCUUCUUUGGGAGCUGCUGAGCGAGGAGAGAGAUCUAAGUAACCAUGAUUAGACUCACCACUCAUUUUAAACAAGUAAAUAGUCGUGUGUGUCAGAUAUGUUCACUUGUUUACAAAAGCUACAAUCACUUCCUACUGAGUAGAGUAAAGACGGUCCAGGCUUGAGUCGAAGUGAGUGGUGAUUUUAUUAUUGUGGCUCAUUUACUAAAUGAUGCAUCUCCAGAGUGCUCUGAUUCCCCGUUAGAGUCGAGCAGAUGAGCUGGAUCAGUGGGCAGGUUGUAACUYUUAGCACCUCUGGGUUCAAUGAGAGCAGGAAGACAGAUGUCCAGACGGCAGCCUAAAACAAUCCAGUUCACAUAACUACUUCGAUGCAGCUACUAUUCCACUCGUCCUCAGUGCUUUCCAGCAUCUGGCAGAUCUCUGAUCUGUUCUCGGGGGGCCUGUUUCAGCCGCUCCAUUUUCUUACCGUUGAUGUUUUGUAAAAAAAUAAAACAUAAAAAAAAUGUGGCUCUUGCUAACCGCAUGCCCCGUCAGACUGUGCCACACAAAGACUCGUCCUGUGCUUUGUGGGAGCUGUUUAUUUCUGUAACAAAGGAAAUAGAACAAAGACGGCGGAUUAACGCCGCACGCUCAGAUGAAGUUCUGCAUUUCAAAGUGGAUGGAUACAGGGAAAAAAAAAAGGCACAGCGUUUUGUUUGCUGUCUGUCUGCCCCUUUUAACUUUUCAAGUAUGAAAUGCUUCCUGGUUCUAUUUUUGUAUCACCGAUUGAUGGUCUACUUUUUUCAGUAGCUUCUGUGCAUAUCAAAAGAGACAAUAUUAGUUUGCACCGCUGCUUUUAUGCCGUGUCGGUAAUGUGCAGAUGUACUUUAAAUCAAACUGUAGUGAGCUAUUAUUUAUUGCAUGUCACUUGUAUAAACGAAACUAACUUAUGUCACUUCAUGUGUCCGGAUCGGUCUCUCUCCAACAAAGAUGGAUUGUCAGACAUGUCUUCUAUCAUGAAAAGAAGAAAAAUAUUUGACUGCAUUUUCAAUAAAUGUGUUCUGAAACUAA